AUGUACUGUGGAGGGAACCGCGAUAUUCGCCGUAGCAAGCUGUUAAAUGUUGGCCUUGCCUGGCAUACUAACGAUGCCACCCUCCACACCAAGGUCGAAGAGUUCGGCACCGCUGGAGAGGCAACUGUUAUAAAGGACCGCGACACUAGCCGUACCCGUGGAUUCCGCUUUCUCCGCUUCUCCCAGGGGUAUGAGGCCGGCCAAGCGAUCGAGAACAUGAACAAGGUCGAGUUCGAUAGAUAA